GAGAUGAGUACUUUCUACAUCACCAUUGAAUUGAUCAUCGCUGUGCUGUCCAUUGUCGGCAACGUGCUGGUGUGCUGGGCUGUCUCCAUCAACUCCACUCUGAAAAACGCCACCAACUACUUCUUGGUGUCUCUGGCCGUGGCGGAUAUUUUGGUCGGGUGUCUGGCUAUCCCAUUCGCCAUCACCAUCAGUAUCGGACUGCCGUGUGAUUUCUACGGGUGCCUGUUUCUCGCCUGCUUCGUCCUGGUGCUCACCCAGAGCUCCAUCUUCAGCCUGCUGGCUGUGGCUGUCGACCGCUACCUGGCUGUCAAAAUCCCUCUCAGGUACAAAGAGCUUGUCACAGGGAGGCGAGCCAGAGAGAUCAUCACCAUCUUAUGGAUUCUGUCCUUCAUCAUUGGACUCAUCCCAUUCGCCGGCUGGAACAAGAAGAACAUUGCUUGCACUUCUCAGAACAAAAGCUCUGAUAAGGUAGCAUUCCCGGACAUGGACCAGGACGUCCUGCAGAGCUGCACUCUGUAUUGUUUAUUCGAGAAUGUGGUGGACAUGAGCUACAUGGUCUACUUCAACUUCUUCGGCUGCGUGCUCAUCCCUCUGCUCAUCAUGCUGGACAUCUACAUCAAGAUCUUCACGGUAGCCAGGAAGCAACUGCGCCAGAUCGAGCUCGGGAGCGUGAUGGGCAACGGCGAGGGUCAUCACCAGCAACACAGAGGGCUCCUGCAGCGCGAAAUCCGUGCCGCCAAGUCCCUGUCUAUCAUCGUGGGCCUCUUCGCGUUGUGCUGGCUGCCCCUUCACGUCAUCAACUGCCUCACCCUUUUUACCAAGCUGGUCAAGCCUUGGUACGUCAUGGACGUGGCCAUCAUCCUCUCGCACGCCAACUCGGCCAUCAACCCCAUCAUCUACGCGUAUCGUAUCCAGGAGUUCAGGAACACGUUCCGGAAGAUCCUGACCCGCCAUAUUCUUUGCAGACGAGACGAGCUGUAUCGGAGCUCUAGCGGAAGCAGCCGAAACAGAAACCAGGUCACUCUGACUAUAGACCCCCUGUUAUAG